AUGUGUUUGGGUUUCUUCUCCUCAGUCCCUGUCCUCUCUACCUCUUCUGCUACCAUGAACAGCAUGGCAGUUUCUGUCAUAUCUUUGGCCAGACAAAGAGCAAAAGCAAACUUUACAGGAAACAAGAAGGAAUUGAACGCAGAGCUGGUAAACACAAAACAGCAGUUACGUGACCUAAAAGAAAAGCUACUGAUCUCAGAACCCACUGUCUAUACCCUGGCCAACCAGCUGCAGCAGUACAAGUGUGAGGAGUACAAAGAUUUAUUGGAGUCCGUGCUGGGGGAAGAGCUGCAGUUCCUGGAGGGGGAGCCAGUGCAGAAGCCCAGGCAAGCUGAAGAGCUCAGGGACUACAGAUUCCUAAUUAAAACUCAGGCAAAAGAGCUAACACAGCUAAGGGAUAAGUUACCUGAUGGGAGAGAUGCCUCCUUCUCACUCUUUGAGCAUCUCAAGCUCCUCCUCAGUCAUGGUGACCCUGAUGACUACCAGAGGGAGAACCUCCGAGAGCCACUGGCUGAGGGAUUCAGGCUGGCAAAGUGCCUCAUCUGCAAACUCAGGCCAGAAAAUGAAGAUGAUGAAGAGGUUGAAGAUACACCCAGCUGGCUCAGCACAGUACUACGGGAAACUGAAGAAAAGAAAGACCAUCAGGACUCAAUGGAGGAAUGUUCUUCCACUUGUUCCAUUUGUUACGACCUAUCCGACUCUGAUCACCAUCACAGUAACUGCAAAUCUCCAUCUAAGAAACAGGAAGUUGAUUCUUCUGUGGAUGUAAACAGUGAACAUUCUCAUUAUCAAGGGGAAGAAGCUCUGAACAUUCUUACAGACAAUCCAAAUGAUCAUGAGAAACAUGAAGGGCAACAGUCAGUGGCCUCCAGGAAGCUGCAGGAAUCAGAAGAGAAGAAAGUCCUGCAGGACUCACAGGAGGAAUGCUUUUUGACUUCUAGUCACCAUGACUUGCCUGAGUCACACCAGCCUUGUGCAAGCACCUCCUUUGAAUCUGAGAAAUGGGAAAUCUGCUCUGCUCAGGAUGUAACCAGUGAAUACCCUACUUCUAAUGGGUAUAAUACUCCAACUGGCUUCUCAGGAAAUCUAAAUGAUGCCAAAGGUCUGGAAGACCAAGUCCAAGCAUUCACCCGGCUCAAUGGUGAACUGGCAGAGAUGCAAGUAAAUGAAUGUCCCCAGGAGUCACUGAGUGGAUGUUACUUAACCCCCUCGAUAUUUCCAGACCCAUUGAGUUGCCACCACUUUUGUAAGAGCAGCCCGAACUCCGUGGACAGGCAGCAAGUCGGCUUGGCUCUUAAUGUAGGCCAAAUUUUGGAUGAUCACUGGGAGGAAGAAGACCAAGACCCACCAUGUCCCAGGCUCAGCAGGGACCUACCAGAGGUGGAAGAGCAGGACGGCCCCAGUGAUUCACUGGAUGAGCGUUACCUGAUUCCUUCAAUUCACCAUGACCUGUCUGACUCUCACCAGCCAGAUAGCAGCACCUUGUAUUCGUCUGAGGAACAGCAAGCCUGCUCUUCCCCGGAUGUACCCUGGUUUUUGCUCUCAGUGGGCUAUCCUGGAGCCCUUGUAAAGCUUUAG